AUGGAAGGUCAACGUCCCCCAGUUCACGAGCAGACUCGUGUUUUGAAACUGCAACCCAACUGCUGUACCGGAUGUGUGCGGAAGGUGAAACGAGCCAUGCUCAAAGUUGAAGGUGUGCAUUCGAUAAAGGUAAAUGCAAAUGAGGGUACGAUAGAAGUGAAGAGCGACGUUGACCCACAAUUGCUUAUAGCAAUUGCAGCCAAAGCCGGCAAAAGAGCUGAGCUUUUGUGGGAACCUCAACCGGAAUCUUCUCCAGCCACUCCUCCUCCGGUCACCACACCAUCUACAGACCAUCUAGCCAGCCAGCUUCAGGUAAAGGUCAACAACUUUGACCAGACAGUAAAUGUACAGGACUUGGUUGAUAAAAACGCUCGUGGGAUCAAACAUAUGGAGAUCGUCGACAAGAGGGUCAUCAAAAUAAUGUUUAAGGAGCCCAAUCAUGAUGAUCCCAGUGGCGGCCACUCGCGGGACACACCGUCGACCUCCAACUCUGGUGGUGGAGAAGCCAGAGUUUCUGGUGUUCGUGGUGAUGUUGAGAUCAUUUCGGUUCCUGCUGCUGAACCACCAGCUUCAAUACCGCAUGAGAUCAACAAUGCUCCUACUAACAGCAAACCGGCAGAACCUCCGGUUGCUAAUGUGAAUUGCAAAAACGGAAGGAAUAGUUGUCGUGUGAUGUAA